AUGAGUUUCAAACACUGGUGUGUGGGACUAAAUGAUGGCCACAUCAUGCCUCUGCUGGGCUAUGGAACUGCUCAAAAUCCACAGGUUUCUAAGAGUAAGAUAUUAAAGUCGACUAAAAUAGCAAUAGAUGUUGGGUUUCGCCAUAUUGAUGCUGCUUAUGCAUACGAAAAUGAAGAGGAGAUAGGACAGGCUAUUCGAAGUAAGAUUGCAGAUGGUGUUGUGAAGAGAGAAGAUAUAUUCCUCGCUACAAAGCUAUGGUCUACGUUCCAUCGACCAAAACUGGUCCAACUUUGCUUAGAAAAGUCACUGAAAAAAUUUCAGCUAGAUUACGUUGAUCUCUAUCUUAUUCAUUACCCAAUUUCAAUUAAGCCAUCAGAAGAGAUAUAUACAAAAGAUGAAAAUGGAGAAAUAUUAUUUGAGACAGUAGAUCUCUGUGCUACAUGGGAGGCCAUGGAGAAGUGUAAGGAUGCAGGACUGGUCAAGUCCAUUGGGGUGUCCAACUUUAACCGCAGGCAGCUGGAGAUGAUUCUUAAUAAGCCAGGGCUGAAGUACAAGCCUGUGUGCAACCAGGUAGAAUGCCAUCCUUAUCUGAACCAGAGCAAGCUGUUGGAUUUCUGUAAGUCAAAAGAUAUUGUUUUGGUUGCUUAUGCAGCCCUAGGUUCUCAACGUCCAAAACCCUGGGUAGACCAGAAUGCCCCAUUUCUUUUGAAUGAUCCAGUUCUUUGUACCAUGGCCAAAAAACACAAUCGAAGUCCAGCUCAGAUUGCUCUUUGCUACCAGGUGCAGCGUGGGGUCGUUGCCCUGGCUCAUAGUUAUGAAGAGAAUGAGAUGAAAGAGAACAUACAGGUACUUGAAUUCCAGUUGCCUCCAGAGGAUAUGGAAGUCAUAGAUGGCCUGCACAGAAAUUUCAGAUAUUUUCCUGCGACUGUUGCUGCUGGCCAUCUCAAUUUUCCAUUUUCGGAUGACUAUUAGCAUGAUAGCCUUUGUCAUGACUUCUACAUCAAGCUACUAAGUGUGGAUAAUCAUGCUGCUGCUGCUGAUUGAGGUGAUGCUAAUGAGACACACCAUGGCUGGUUGAUCUAUACCACUUAGCAACUCACAGGCUAUUGAAGCCACAUUUACCAACAUUUACCACUUGUUGUAAUAAAUAUAAUGUUCUUUUCCCUAAAGAA